AUGCGUGAACUCGACCAUUUACAUGCACUCGGUGUGAACAAUUUGCGUGUGCAAGCAGGCAGUGAAGGACCCGAUACAGAACCAUGGCGUAUCGUUCCAUCCAUGCAGCCUUCCCCUGGAACAUACAAUAAUGAAGUGCUCGAUGGUCUCGAUUUUCUUCUGUAUGAAAUGGGUAAGCGUCAGAUGCGAGCUGUCAUGUGCUUGAACAAUUUCUGGCAUUGGUCAGGCGGCUUUGCCCAAUAUGUAGCCUGGGCUAAUGGAACAGCAACAACAAUACCCUAUCCGGGUAGUUACGAUCAAUUUGAAGUCUUUUCAGCACAAUUCUACAGACUAACAAAGGCCACGGAACUGUUUGAUAACCAUAUUAGAUUCUUAUUAGCACGUACAAAUCGAUAUACAAAUGUAGCCUACACGAACGAUACAACUAUUAUGUCUUGGGAACUUGCUAACGAGCCUCGUCGCCUGGACUUAUCAUGGGUGCAUCGAACGGCUUGCUUACUUAAAAAACUUGCUCCUUUUCAACUGGUAACUACGGGUGUCGAAGGUAGUAUUUCAUCGAAUAAUUUCUCCAAUGAUCAUGCAAGUCCAUGCAUCGACUAUGCCACCUUUCAUUUAUGGGUACAAAAUUGGAAUGUGUUUGAUCCACACAACGCUUCUGUGACAUUACCUAUUGCUAUUGAUUUUGCUAAAAAAUAUAUUGAAUUUCACGCCGCUUAUAAAGAUAAACCGGUAGUAUUAGAAGAAUUUGGCAUUGCGAGGGACAAUAAUGAUCACACGCCAACAGCACCUGUGACUGUACGCGACCAAUAUUAUCGAGCUAUCCUUCAACACACUCGUAAGUAUCAUGUGCCCAUCAACUUUUGGGCUUACGGAGGCGAAGGGCGACCACGCAUGGCAGGCGCUACUUGGACUCAAGGCGACGAUUUUAUUGGAGAUCCACCUCAUGAACCGCAAGGUUGGUAUUCGGUGUACAAUGACGAUAAAAGCACGCUCGAUUUGAUCAAACAAUUUGCUACCAUCGACUCAACAUCAUUAGCAACUAAAUUUGUUUUUUCUACAAGCUUUUAUCUACUAACUAUGGCGCUGCUCGUAUAA